AUGCCAGAAAGGGCUUUCGUAAACAGAAAAGGAUACCAUUCUAUUAACGUACAAUUGAUUUGUGACUCGAAUGCAAAAAUUUUGAAUAUUGUAGCAGCUCAUGCCGGCAAUACGCAUGAUUCUUUCAUUUGGACCAAUUGUGAGGUCGAAAGGGUGAUGAGGCAAAUCCACGGUGAGGGACGAUCAAAUUAUUAUUUGUUAGGUGAUUCAGGUUAUCCUCUCCGACCAUGGUUACUAACAUCAUUUAAUUAUGAGCCAGCUCCUGAUACACCUGAAUACAGGUACAACGUGGCUCACAAAAGUGUUAGGAGUAUAAUUGAAAGAUGUAAUGGGAUACUGAAGGCCAGAUUUAGAUGUUGCCUUAAAGAUCGAGUGCUGCACUACAAGCCAGAAAUGGCGUGUAAAAUAAUAAACGCAUGUGCUGUUCUUCACAAUUUGUGCACAGACCACCACAUGCCUGUACCCGAGGAUGAAGAAGUAAUAGAUGUGAAUGACGGUUUAAUUCAAGCUCCACCAUUGGAAGAAAACGAAAGAGCACAAGGACGCAUUAAUCCAGAAUUAGUGGCGGGAAGGAAUACCCGUGCUCGUUUGAUUCGAGCUAGAUUUCAAUAAACCCCAAAAACUAAUUCAUUAUACUUAAUUUUCAAAUUAUUAUUGAUAAUAACAACAAAAUUCUAUUCUUCAACAAGUAAACAAAAAUUACGGUUUCAAAAAACAACAGGGACAUUAGUCACCGGUGUUGGUGCUGUUUGGGACUUCGAGGGCAAUUUGCGAUGGCUAGUAGGAGGCGAGUAGGAAUUUUCUGUUCUAAAGCCAUCACAACUAUUAACAGACGAAGGGCUAAUUGGUGGCGAUACGUGAAAACGUACAUCAGCAGAUGUUGAAGGCUCAUUACUUGAAAUUUCGUGAGACGGUGUCUCUGUCGACCCCCACGUCACU